GGCUGUGUAUGUUGAUAGUUGAUGCGGAUGGUGAUUUUUUUUUUUAUUAUUUCUAAACAGAAACAGCUGAGUUGUGGAGUAGACCUAGGUCUAUUACCUAAAGAGCCACCGCGAGCCAGUGAUGACAGACAAUGUCCCAGGUGGAUCCCACCACUGAGAGUGGCAACCACUCCACUCUGUAUCUGACAACCGCUGCCAACCACUCUAGCUUCUUGCUGACAACACCCAGUGAGCUACUGAACACAACAUCCCAACAUGAUGCUAUUGACUGCCAGGCUACUAGAGAGUAUGGGAUCGUCUUCAGCAUUAUUGCUGUUGUAUCCACCAUAUUUGGUAUACUCUACACUUUCUUUGGCUACAGAUUCUUCAAAGCCAUUAUGUUCCUCACUGGUUUCAUAUUUGGUACAGUGUUGGUCUACAUGGUCAUGAGUGAGGUGGCAAUUCUUCCCCCUGAAGGGACCCUUGGCUGCGCUGGCGGCUCUGGCUUUCUACUUGGAUUUGUUACAAUGUUGAUUCCUCAUACUGGUCUCUUUCUCACUGGCUUCAAUCUAGGCAUUGCAGCCACUGCUGUUAUUCUGAUUUUUGUUGAACAGUUUGUACAUAUUAAUAUUAUGUGGAUCCCUAUCGGCAUUUUCCUAGUCAUAGGAACUGUGUUUGGUGUUUUGAGUUUAAAGUUUCAAAAGACAUUAACAAUAAUAGGCACCAGUGUGUUUGGGGCGGCUAUCUGCCUGGCGGGCAUUGACCACUUCAUUGAGUGGUCAUUUAUUGCUCAGUACAUCUGGGACCGCAUCAUGGCGAAGCCCGCUUCAACACUCUGCUGGUACAGCUGGCUGAUGCUGGCGCUGUGGCCUGUGUGUGCUCUCUGUGGUGUUGUUGUUCAGUGGAAGUUCACUGGCUCUGGUGUAGACCACUGGCUGGCACUGAAAAGUCGUAGGGAACAAGGAGCAAAUCUUCAACAGGUGAGAGCUCGUGAGAAGAAAGAAACUCAACAGACUCGGUAUCGCCAUUUGUAUCAAGCCAGGCGUGUUAAGGGAGAUGUCAUUUCUCAGAACUUCAUUCAAAGUAUUCAGCACAAGCUAUCCCCUGCUAUGCAGAGUUUGACAGCUUUAAAUGUUGAGGCAAGUAAUGAAGAGGAAAGUACAGCAACAACUACACUUACAAAUGUAACAUAGAAAAGUCAAACCUGUUCAACAACAAAACAAAGCAAGUGCAACACCUACUUGGUUUUAUGUAGCGUUAAAAAGUUUUUCUUCAUUUACAUUGAUUUCAACAUAUUCAUAAAUUGUUAGAACUAUGUAUACCUUCCACAAAGUGAAAACACAGGCUUAUAUUUUUUACUUGUUUUAUUAGAUUAGUUAAUGGCUUGUUAGUUGUACAGUUUAAUUUUGUAAACCCAUUGAAAUGAUGAUAUAACUUAAUCAGAGAUUCUUUCACAGUUAACUGUACAGCUUAUUAUUAUUGGAUUUUGCAAAGUUAAAUCAGUUAGAAAAAUAAUUCACUCUUUUGGGCCAAAGUUUAGGUAUUACCUAAACAAGCAGAACAUAAUUCCUUCAAAUAUUUGUUCAAAAUAAUAAUUAUUUAGUUUUUGUUAAAGAAAUAAAAUUAUGUUAGUGUGCUUUUAUUUUUGUAUCUGCUCUACCAACAUGUGUUAAAGAUAUUGUACAUAUUUUUUCAAGUAUUGUUGAUGAUCACUAAUUUUUUAUAAAACAGAUGAAAUGCUAUGUAUUAGAUUUGAUCACUAGGCUAGUGAUGGUUACUUAUCUGCAUCUAGGUCCUAAUACUGUAGGCUUUUGUUGUCUUUGCUUUUGACAAGAGGUUUCAUACUUAAGAUAAUGGUGUAUCCUUAUUUUAAAUGUUUUUCUUUGAAACAUUUAUGACUUUAUCGACUUUUUUUGCUUAAUAUUUCCACUUUGUGAUUGUUUGGUUAUUUGUAAACUGAUGACAACAUAGGUAUGUGAGUGGCUGAGUAUCAGAACAUCAUUGGGUUGUUUUUUAUUUAAAGGAUCAUUCUGUUUUUCUAUUAUUUUUAGUUUUUGUACCAUGGGUUUCUUAUUGUACAUCUUGUGUGAGAUUUUUUUAUUUUUUCCACUUGUUUUAUGUAAUGUACACAAUUGACAUGUACAAGCUGUUCACUUAGUCAUUCCUCAACUAACUUAUAACAAUUAUUUAUAAUAGUGGAAAGUUGAUUGUGUAAAUAAUGUAAGUUCAUGGUUAAAUUAUUUCUAUGUGAUUAGAUAACUGUGUGAUACUACUUUUACAAUGAUUUCAUAUAAUGGUUCACCUAAUGAUAGUCAAAUUUUUAUAUGAACUUAUCAAGAAAUCCUAAUAGCUUUGGAGGAGUGGCACUGCUAUUGUGUCAAAUGUUGUUCAACCUCACAUGUAACCAGUGACAUGACAUUCAGCUACUGUUUUCUUCUAAUGCUUUGUGUUGCUAGUGAUCUCAGUGGGGGAUAUAUUUUUAUAGAGAUUGUAUCUACAACAGCUGAUCUUAUUUGUCUAGAAGCAUAUCUUUAGUGUUCCAAGGUUUUUAAUGCAUAGUUAAAUUGUUGUAAUGAACUAGUAGCUAGUUAAUUGUUGUAAAUUGUGAUGCAUAUUUUCCUUGCAGUUGAUUGAAACUUGUUGGUGUAUAAAUGAAGAGGAAUCUAGUUAAAGACCAGUGUGUUAACCUAUAGAGUGAAAGUGUUGAUGUAUGUUUGACACACAAUGUUUUAACCUAUAGAGUGAAAGUGUAGAUGUAUGUUUGACACACAAUGUUUUAACCUAUAGAG